GAAAAGGAAACAAUUGUUAAAAGGGACGACACACUUCUCAACUUCAAUUAUUGAUUUGGUCCAGUCAGUAUAGAAGGCCCAUAACAAACUUAGUGCAACAGAACCGGCCCAAACGUGGGUGUAGACAUGGGCCAUCAACUUUUAAGUUCCGUUCAGCACAGCUGGGCCUCAGCGUAAGCUUUACUUUUCUACUUAAGUUUUUUUGUUUGAUUAUUACUUUUCUGUUUUUUACUUAGACAGGGUAGCAACAUACAGUUAAGCUGCUCGUCCAAAAAAUGGCAGUACUUGCAUACAACUAUACUCAAUCAUAGACGUACAGCGAAUGGUGGUCAACCUUUGUUUUUCACCUUUUAAUAGAUCAGAGAUUAUGUUUGAUACGAGAAGACAUUGAAUAAAAACCAUAUGAUUUGGUUGUAUUUCUGGUUAAAGCAUCAGAUCGAGAAAAUAAUAAAAAGAUUAUUGCAGCACAAGUUAAUGGAGACCCACUAAUUAGCUGGUCAAGCAUAGAAAUACCUGGCCGGAGCGAAUGGGCAGCCACUACAUGAUCCGCAGCUGCAGCUCUCCCAACAGGUGGAGGAUAUUGCACAAUUGAACUGGACAAGGCUCCCACGUCUAUUGAGAACAAGAAUUCAGUCCAACAAACUGAUCAUCUACCGUGUCGUUCGUUGAGAAGCAAGUUACACAAUCUGCUCUAACGAUAUUUAAGCGCAUGACAAGACAAGGAGCAAAAUCAAUGAACACCAUCUUCAGGGCAACCAGUGUUAAUUGUUUGUAAGAUGAACUACAAAGGUAAUAAUAUUCUCAAAGAGAAUCCCAUGCGAGCAACACUAAAUUGUUAUGAAAUCAAACAAAAUUACAAAGGGGAACUAAAUAAAAUAUUUGGAGCGUCCGUACUAUUUAGUUUUAGAGUUGGGCAUUAUAGGUUUUUCGUAUUUAGUAUUGCAAUUACUCGCUAGCACCCAAUUGAUAGGUAGAUUGAUUAAUCCGUGUUAAUAUCCACAGAAGACAGACUCACAGAAAAAUUCCUCAUACAAAAUCGCAAGACCUCCAAGAUUAAAAGAUCUGAACUUGGAAAAACCACCGUGAUACAGCAAUAAUUAAUUAGAAAAAAAAAAGAAUCAUACCUGGGCAGUUGUCGUUUGACUGAUUCCAGAAUGAUUAUUGAACUUUGCAGCGAAUGGUUUGGUCGACUGGUUCCCUUGCAAAGCACAUUAAGGCACCCACCUGUCAUUUCUGUAUAACAGCUUAAAGCAGAUACUACAGGUUAGUCACUAGACAUGAUGUUUAGAUGGAGACCUGAUCUCAUCCCAACGUGCAUCCAACCAAUACAUCGUCCCUGUUAGGAAUCAAUGCUUUCCCUCCAAAAGCCAUCAAAGACUCCGUUCGUCCCUGCAUCUUCUGCUCUCUUCAAUCCUGAGAGCAUUUUCCUCCCCUCUCAUGAGAGAUCACCAAGUUCAUGCUACAGGCCAAUGCUUCUGAUACCAACUUUGGCAAAGAUGGCAAGAAGCAUGCUUGGGUGGAAGAGAGUACCAUUGUUCUCCAUCCUCCUCAUACUUUCCAUAACCAAUAUAGCCACCACUUAUGCCAUUGCAUCACAAGCAGAUAGGUUCGUACCUCGUGACAACUACCUUCUCAGCUGCGGGGCGCCUGCUGCUGUGCAGCUUGAUGAUGGCAGGACGUUCCGUUCUGAUCCCGACUCGGCGUCUUUUCUCUCCACCCCGGUGGACAUCAAGAUUACUGCUAAAAACUCCCUGGCUUCAGGUGCACCAUCAUCCCAACUCUACCUUACAUCAAGAGUUUUCUCUGACAUCUCGACAUAUAGCUUCUUCAUCUCCCAGCCUGGUCACCAUUGGAUUCGUCUCCAUUUUUUACCUAUCCCUGAUGACCAUUACAACCUCACUACAGCUACAUUCUCUGUCUCCACUGAUGACAUGGUUCUUCUUCAUGACUUCUCCUUUAUAGCCACUCCUCCUAACCCAGUCCUUAGGGAGUAUAUUGUUGCAACACAGGGAGACACCUUGAAAAUCAUUUUUACCCCUAAAAAGGACUCAAUAGCAUUCAUCAAUGCCAUUGAGGUUGUUUCAGCCCCUCCAAGCCUUAUUCCAAAUACCACCACCGGUAUGGCUCCUCAGGGCCAACUUGACAUCUCCAACAAUGCGUUGCAGGUUGUCUACCGGCUGAACAUGGGAGGACCACUGGUUACAGCCUUCAAUGACACACUAGGUAGAAUCUGGCUGCCAGAUGCACCAUUUCUGAAACUUCAGGCAGCAGCAAAUGCAGCCUGGGUUCCUCCUAGAACCAUAAAGUACCCAGAUGACAAGACCAACACGCCCCUCAUUGCUCCUGCAAACAUCUACUCAACCGCACAACAGAUGGCCUCAACAAACACGUCGGAUGCAAGAUUCAACAUAACAUGGGAAAUGGUGACUGAGCCAGGAUUCAGCUACUUUGUCCGCCUACAUUUCUGUGACAUUGUCAGCAAGGCACUCAACAGCCUCUACUUCAAUGUAUACAUAAAUGGCAUGAUGGGUGUCCUUAACCUCGACUUGUCGAGCCUGACAGUGGGGCUUGCAGUACCCUACUACAGAGACUUCAUCAUUGACUCCUCCAGUAUCAUCAACUCCACCCUCAUAGUGCAAAUUGGCCCUGGCACAACUGACACCAGCAAUCCCAAUGCUAUUCUUAAUGGCCUUGAGAUCAUGAAGAUAAGCAACCAAGAAAACAGCUUAGAUGGGCUCUUUUCACCAAAAAGAAGUUCACAGCUUGGCAAGAAGACAAUGACUGGCAUAGGGCUUGCAAUGGCAGUAAUGGCUGCCGCUCUAGCUGUAGUCAUGUGCUGCAGGCGACGCCAUAGACCUGGAUGGCAGAAGACAAAUAGCUUCCAGUCUUGGUUCCUUCCACUCAACUCCACACAAUCCAGCUUCAUGAGCACCUGCAGCAGGCUGAGCUCCAGAAAUCGUUUUGGCUCUACAAGGACCAAAAGUGGGUUUUCGAGUAUCUUUGCAUCUAGUGCAUAUGGACUGGGGCGCUAUUUCACCUUUGUGGAAAUUCAGAAAGCCACAAAAAACUUUGAAGAGAAGGCUGUUAUUGGAGUUGGUGGCUUUGGAAAAGUUUAUCUUGGUGUUCUUGAGGAUGGGACAAAGCUGGCUAUCAAACGAGGAAAUCCAUCUUCUGAUCAAGGUAUGAAUGAGUUCCUGACUGAAAUUCAAAUGUUAUCAAAGCUUCGCCAUCGUCACUUAGUUUCACUUAUUGGUUGCUGUGAUGAGAACAAUGAGAUGAUCCUGGUUUAUGAGUUCAUGUCAAAUGGUCCGCUCAGGGAUCAUUUGUAUGGUGGCACAGACAUCAAGCCUCUCUCUUGGAAGCAACGGCUGGAAAUUAGCAUUGGGGCAGCAAAGGGCCUGCAUUAUCUUCAUACAGGUGCAGCUCAGGGCAUAAUUCACCGUGAUGUCAAGACCACCAAUAUACUGCUUGAUGAAAAUUUUGUAGCCAAAGUUGCAGAUUUUGGCUUAUCAAAAGCUGCUCCAUCCCUUGAGCAAACUCAUGUCAGCACAGCUGUCAAAGGAAGUUUUGGAUAUCUUGAUCCAGAGUACUUCAGACGUCAACAGCUGACAGAGAAGUCUGACGUAUACUCUUUCGGAGUGGUACUCUUUGAAGUAUUGUGUGCAAGGCCAGCCAUCAAUCCAACACUUCCAAGAGACCAGGUGAACCUUGCCGAAUGGGCCCGUACAUGGCACCGCAAGGGAGAGCUGAAUAAAAUAAUUGAUCCCCACAUUUCAGGGCAAAUCCGUCCUGAUUCACUUGAAAUAUUUGCUGAGGCCGCUGAGAAAUGUCUUGCUGACUACGGUGUCGAUCGCCCGUCAAUGGGUGAUGUGUUAUGGAAACUCGAAUUUGCCUUGCAACUUCAAGAAAAGGGUGACAUUGUUGAUGGAACCAGCAAUCAAUUCCCAAUGAAGAGCUUAGAAGUAACAAGUGGUGAUAGCAUGGAGAAAUCUGGCAAUGUAGUUCCAUCUUAUGUCCAAGGAAGAUGAAGAUGAGUCAUCAAAAUCUACAAAGGCAUUAGCCAUUAAGGUAGUAGUGUAUUUUGUAGUGCAAUAUCAUGCAGAGUUGCAGACAUAUCUACUGCCUUAAUAGGAAGUACUUUCCCUUGAUAUGCUACAAAAUGAACUGGCGAUAGGCUCCUAACAGAAAAUCCUCCAUGGCCUUUUUUUACUUGAACAACUAGAGGUAGUGAUUGUGUUGUAUGAUUUAAGAAUAUAUUCUUCAGCUAUUGAAUUAUAGAAAAUUGUCAAACUGUUUGUAAAUUACAUAACACCAGAAGAUAAUUAUAAUUUUUCCAUGCUUA